AGGCGUGGCCAGGCUGCACCGCGCCACGCAAGAUGGCGGCCAUGGAGGCCGAGUUGGCGCUGAUGACCCUGGAGUCACUGCCUACCGAUCCUUUGCUCCUCAUUUUAUCUUUUCUGGACUACCGGGACCUAAUCAAUUGCUGCUAUGUGAGUCGAAGACUUAGCCAGCUAUCAAGUCAUGAUCCACUGUGGAGAAGACAUUGCAAAAAAUACUGGCUGAUAACCGAGGAAGAGAAAACACAGAAGAAUCAGUGUUGGAAAUCUCUCUUCAUAGAUACUUACUCUGAUGUAGGAAGAUACAUUGACCAUUAUGCUGCUAUUAAAAAGGCCUGGGACGAUCUCAAGAAAUAUUUGGAGCCCAGGUGUCCUCGGAUGGUUUUAUCUCUGAAAGAGGGCGCACGUGAGGAAGACCUAGAUGCAGUGGAAGCUCAGAUCGGUUGCAAGCUUCCUGAUGAUUAUCGGUGUUCAUACCGUAUCCACAAUGGACAGAAGCUAGUGGUUCCUGGGUUGUUGGGAAGUAUGGCAUUGUCGAAUCACUAUCGUUCUGAAGAUUUGUUAGACGUUGAUACAGCUGCUGGAGGCUUCCAGCAGAGGCAGGGACUGAAAUACUGCCUCCCUUUGACCUUUUGCAUCCAUACUGGUUUGAGUCAGUACAUAGCCGUGGAAGCAGCAGAGGGCCGAAACAAAAAUGAAGUGUUCUACCAGUGUCCAGACCAAAUGGCUCGGGACCCAGCUGCUAUUGACAUGUUUAUCAUAGGUGCUACUUUUACUGACUGGUUUACUUCUUAUGUCAGAAAUGUUGUAUCAGGUGGCUUUCCCAUCAUCAGAGACCAAAUUUUCAGAUACGUUCAUGAUCCAGAGUGUGUAGCAACAACUGGAGAUAUUACAGUUUCUGUUUCCACAUCUUUUCUGCCAGAACUCAGUUCUGUACACCCACCCCACUAUUUCUUCACAUACCGAAUCAGGAUUGAAAUGUCCAAGGAUGCACUUCCUGAGAAGGCUUGUCAGCUGGACAGUCGCUACUGGAGAAUAACAAAUGCUAAAGGAGAUGUAGAAGAAGUUCAAGGACCUGGAGUUGUUGGUGAAUUUCCAAUCAUCAGCCCAGGUCGGGUAUAUGAAUAUACAAGCUGUACCACAUUCUCUACAACAUCAGGAUAUAUGGAAGGAUAUUAUACCUUCCAUUUCCUUUACUUUAAAGACAAGAUUUUUAAUGUUGCCAUUCCUCGAUUCCAUAUGGCUUGUCCAACAUUCAGGGUGUCUAUAGCCCGAUUGGAGAUGGGUCCUGAUGAGUACGAAGAGAUGGAAGAGGAAGAAGAGGAGGAGGAGGAGGAGGAAGACGACGAUGAUGAUUCGGCAGACAUGGACGAAUCGGAUGAAGAGGAGGAGGAGGAGAGGCGGAGGAGAGUCUUCGAUGUUCCUAUUCGCAGACGCCGCUGCUCUCGUCUGCUUUAGCCAGGCUACUGCUGAGGGAAGCACUGGGAUGACUCAGCUUGUUAAAGAGAUUUCGUAAUGUAAAUAACUACACUGUGCUCAGCAUAUAGCAGGGGACUAGCAUGAAAUAUUGUCUCUGGCCCGGGGCCCUGGGCGACACUACAUUAGGAGUUGGAUUUGUUUAGUUUGAUUCAUGGCUUUGAGGUAGAAGAGGAAACAGGAAUUUUUUCUUUUUUCCUCUUCCAGGAAUCAAUACAGAAACCCGUCUCUGGCUAAGGAAGAGAUAUUUCCUUGUUUUAAAAUAUUUUCUACUUAAAAAUACAGAAAUGGAAAGAAAAUUGUUUUGAAUAAGAACUUAAAAUGCAGCAGAAAUUUCUACACAAGGAUAGAAGUACUGUGACUGAAUGAUCUGUGGCAAGACUUAUAGUUGUGAGUCAUUGAGAAAUGAACAAAAUUUUUAAUUAGGCUAAUCCAUUUAGUGGUUCCUAAUUUUGUACUUAACAGGGGAACUGCCUAAUAACUUGAAUGCUAAUGGCUUGUCCUUAGACAAUCUGUCCUUGAGUUUAAAGUCUGUCAUUUAGACCUUGAAUUUAAAGUCUUCAAUUGGUGAUUUUGAAUAGAAGUUAAAAUCCUCACGCUAUGCCCUUUAUCAGAUUAUUUACAGUCAAGUUCUUAUUAUUUUUGAAAUGUAGUGUAUACAAGUAUGUAAUGUGUUUAUUGACAAAAGAUUCUUCACAGUGUCUCAUGUAGUCUGAACUUGUAAAUACUGCUUCUGUUUUGUUUCUCCUUUAUACACUUGACUGUCUAACUUUGUGAUAAGUGACAUGAAUCUUAUCUUAGGCUUAAGGAUGUUGACCUGAAACAUGGAUUUUUAUUUUGUAAUUAUAUAAUUGAGAGUUUGAAAUGAAAUCCUUCAAGUGUCAAAAACAAACUUUAAAAACAAAUUUGUGUUCCAAUCCUGUAUUUUGUGUAAUUGGCUAUUUGCCAUAAGUAAAUAUUAAGAGGCUUGUGUUCUUCAGAUGGUAAGAGAGAUUGAUACUCAUUGUUGAGAAGCCAGAGCACAGUGGGCCCAUCAUGAUCAUAUCCUGACUUUGACGGUAGCCUCAGCUCUGCACCACCUACUCUUUUCCCCAGAACCGUUCUUUCAUAGCGCAGAAGGGAGAGGGAGUGGUCUUCAAGGUUAGGCAUCUGCCAUGGGAGACCAUAAGGCACACUUACCUAUUGCUGCAUGUCCAAAUGUUCUGAAAUCGUCAUCUUCCUGUUUGUUUUCAUGCGAUACACUGCAUACAGACACACUGCAGAGUGAAGUUUCAACCACCAACAGAACAUGGAUACCACAGUGGCCAGCAGCAGCCUGGUAUACUGCGUGUUACCACCUGUCUCGAAUGUAUCAUUUUCUCUUGGGCUUGCUUUAGUCUCCUAUAAUUUUAUCCAUCACGGUGCAUAAACAUACAAACUCCAGUGCUAGUACUGCCAGGAAGAGGCUACAUCAAGUGAUUCACCUGGCAAUGAAAUUAAGUGAUGAAGGACCAUGAAGCUGGCAAAUCACUGAUGGUUACUGCUCACCAGUCAUUUCCACCACAGCUACAAUCUUAAGGAAUAAAGUGACAGAAGCUGGUAACGGAUCUGCUUCAUUGAAAGCAUUGAAACUUCAAGAAGAAUCCUUACCAGACAUGGAGAAAUUUCUCAUGACCCAAAUAGACAACUAGACACUGAAGUACACCUUCAUCAUGAAGAUGAUGACUAACACAAAGAGUUUACUUGGAGUGUUGAAGGAAAGGCUGGAAGAGAUUAGAAUAUUGAAUUUACUGCUCACUUGGGUUCAUACGAUUCAGGAAUGAUUCAAAACAAUGUGAGAGUAAGCAUUGAGUCUGAGUGCUGAUGUAAAGACACCCGAAGAACUUUGGGAAGGAAGAUAAGAUUUGUGUAGGGAAAUGAUUGCCAAAGCAAGUCCUUAAUCCCCCUGAGGUUUGUAGAAAUACCCUGAUGUUUGCACAGGAGUGAGAUCACCUGACAGUACAGUCACCUGAUGGCCUGUCUCAGAGUGUUUCCCCUCCUCAAAGUCAGCCAUUGGUGCAUUAUCAGGCUUCCAAAUCCUGUUAGGUUCUUUGUCUUCCCUCAGUCAACUGGCUUCUCCAUUUAGGCUGCCAUAGUAAAAUAAAUUGCUCACAGUUCUAGAGAAUGGAAAGUCCAAGAUCAAGGCACCAGCAGAUACAGAGCCUGGUGUCUACACUGUUCUUCAAAGAUGGAGCCUUCUUGCUGUGCCCUCACAUGGUGGAAGGGGCAAAUGAGCUCUCUGUGGUCUCCUUUCCAAGGGCACUAAUCCUAUUCAUGAGGGCCAACUGCUCAAGAUCCAGUAACCGCCUAAAAGUCAAUCUCUUAUGCUCUUGCUUUUGGAUUUGGUUUUGACAUUCAAGGCGUGAUCAAGAAAUGCAAUGUGUAUUGAAAUAAAAAUGUAUUACUAUAAAAGGUACAUUGCCAUUAAUCCCUCUCAGAAACUCUGUUCUCUGACUGAACAACCCAUUUCUUGCCACUUUCUGAAGCAGUUCUGGGCACUCUUUCAUGAGUGUCUUUAGUUGCUCUGUCAUAUCUGUCUUGAGGUCCUGAAUUCAUUCAAAACGUUUGCAUUUCAUGGUCCUUUGACUUUAGGGAGGAGGCAGAAGUUGCAUCGCAGUAGAUCAAGUGAGUAAGGUGUGUGAGGGCGCUGCUGUUUUUAUGUGCCUGCCUUUCUACUAAAAGGCCCUCGGCAGCUUCAUUCACUGUACUUUUGAUCACAUCUCAUAAAGACGCUUGGGAGAGAAGACAUCAAGAGCUGCUUAAGAAAAUAGCAAGAAUGAUGGGACAGGUAUAUUCAAAGCUGGGUGGGCGAGGUUGGUAAAAACAGCAAUGUGUCUUACUGGACAGUUCUUAAAAUGUAGAGUCUUUUUCAGUAAGAAAAAGUGGGAGAAG